GGUCUCUGAGUUCAGUUGCCACAUCUCCGGGUGCUGCCAGGUCUUUGAUACACUGGAGGGCUACGAGCACCACUACAACACGCUGCACAGGAACGUCUGCUCCUUCUGCAAGCGCUCCUUUCCAUCAGGGCAUCUCUUGGAUAUUCAUAUCUUGGAGUGGCAUGACUCGCUUUUCCAGAUAAUGGCUGAGAAGCAAAACAUGUACAAGUGUUUGGUAGAAGGCUGUGCAGAGAAGUUCAAGAGGAGCAAGGACAGAAAGAAUCAUUUGGUCACCGUUCACCUUUAUCCUGCUGACUUCCGGUUUGAUAGACCGAAGAAAGUGAAAAGUGGCCCCAAGCACACGAGCUCUCCCAUGAAGCAGGGUGCUGGCGUGCCGAUGGAUGUGAGCAUGGAGACGUCGGAGCAAUUCCAAGUGGACCCCAUGGAAACAGGGCCCAGUGAGAACAUGGAGAUCUCUCAGCCUGCAGCCAGCCCCAACCCCUCAGUGCCAGAGAAACGACUCUAUAAAUCCAGGAUCCCAUCCACAAUUUGCUUUGGACAAGGUGCCACCCGAGGAUUUAAAGGACCGAGGAAGAAAGUCUGA